AUGCGAUUCGACCUGACGAACCUCCUGGUGAAGUCCCACCGCCGAGCUGAGCUCGUGCCCAAGAAGAACUGCAUUCUCAUGAAGCUGCACAACCCCAAGGCAACGGCCAUGCUCUUCGCCAACGGCAAGCUGGUCUGCACGGGGGCGGAGACGGAGGAAGCCAUCAAGAACGUGGCGCGCAGGUUCACGCAGGUGAUCCAGAAGAUGGACUUCCCUGGAGUGAACCUCAUUGACUUCAAGAUCCAGAACGUCGUGGGCACGUGCGACUUGGGCUUCCGCGUGCUCGUGGAGGCGAUCGCCUUCGCUCACAGCGACUGCUGCACGUACGAGCCAGAGCUCUAUCCGGCGCUCAUCUAUCGGUUGGACAAGCCGCAGGUGAAGGUUCUCGUCUUUGUGAGCGGGAAGGUCGUCUUCACGGACUCCAAGGAGCCACGCGAGCUGUAUGCUGCCUGUGAAGCCAUUUAUCCGGUAAGCUUCAUUCUUUGA